AUGCUUAAAGUGUGCUCUUAUAUUCCUUACAUAUAUAAAUGUAUGAACGUCAGGACUUUAUCAAGAUUUUAUGACCAUAUAAAACAAAAAAGUUACUCAGAUUUAAUUAAUUUUUCCAAGGGCCUAUAUCUUUGUUUAUCUAAUAAUACGUCUCCUAAAAAUGAUAAGCUGCUCAUUAGAUUCACAACAGUGCUGUUUAGGAGCUUAUCUGAAAAAAAUCUUCACAAUAGAGAUAAAAAAGAUUUAUGUCUGUUAAUGUUACUAUUUAUUAAAUCUAAAAAGAAGUGUAAAACCUUUAUGUAUGAAAAGGAUGUAAUGAAUUAUAUAAAAGAAGCGAUUGAAAAAAAUUUAGAUAAGCUUGAUGAAGAUGACCUUUCAACAGUUCUGACCUUUCUGAGCUGUAUUAAGCAUAGCUAUAAAUUAUAUUCAGAAAGAUAUAUAAAAAAAGAAAAAUAUACAGAUGUAAUAACUGAACAAAUAAUAAAAAGAAGUAAUGAUUAUUUACAUAAUUUUAAACAAAUAAAAAAUUUAUGUAUAUUAUAUAGUUUUUUAUGUAGAGAAAAUAUAACCAUUGAAUUACAUAAUAAGAUAUUAGAUAAGAUUUUUAAGAAUAUUAAAAAAUGUGAAGAUACUGAUGUAACUAAUUUGAUAUAUAAUUUUUAUUAUAUAAAUAAUUUCUUUUUUAAAACAUUAAUAAAUAAAAUAUGUCAACAUUAUUAUAUAUACAAUGAAAUGAAUCAUACUUUAUUUUCAUAUCCACAAUAUGAACAUGAUAAAAAAGAAGAAAAAAAAAAAAAAAAAUUUUUUAACACAAUAAAUAAAAAAAUAUUUUGUGAUAAAGAUAAUAGAUUUAUAUCAGAAAAAAAUAAUAUUCCUUAUAUAUUAUCUAGGAAUGUUAUAUAUCAAGGUGACCAUAAAAAUGUGUCAUUUGUUUGUCUACCCCCCUUCACAAAAAAAAAAAAAACGAAACACACAUUUUUUAAUAUUUAUAGUUGUAAUAUAUAUUUAUAUAAUUUUAUAAAUGAAUAUAAUGAUAUGUGUUUAAAUGAAAAAAUUGAAAAUAUUAGAGAUAAAUGUAAUCUUGUAGAUAAUAUAUGGAAGAAUUGUAAAUUAUUACAUGGGUUCUAUAUAUAUCUUUCAUAUUAUAAAAAUAUAUUAAAUUAUAAAAUAAAUAUGGAUAAUAUAAAAAAUAUAAUGAAAGAGAAUAAUUAUGAAUUCCCUAAUAAAGACAACUAUUUAUAUGAGGAUAUAUUUACACAUAAUAAUUUACAAAUGUAUAUAUUUUUAUAUAACCAAGGAAUAAAUAAUCACAUUACUUAUUUUAAUAAUAUGAGAAAUUAUAUUAUGAAUUGUAUUUUGAACAUUCUAGAAAAAUAUUAUUCUAUAGAUGAAUUGAAGAUAUCGAAUAAUGAAAAAGGAAAAUAUAAAAAUAAAAAUAAUUUGAUGAUUUUAAAUAAUUAUAUGUAUGAAGAUGUAAGAUAUAAUAUAUAUAUAUAUGAAAAGAAAAAAAAUGAUGAUGAACUUACUAAUGAUCAUACAUAUAUUUUAUUAAAUAUAAUGAAUCAAAUGAAUAUACAAAAUUAUAAAAUAUUAGAUUUGUUUUUAUAUCACUUUAAAAAAUUUUAUAGACAAUAUUCAUUAAAACACAUUCUAUUAUUAUUACAAUUUUGUGUGUUACACACGUGUGAGAAAUAUAUAUAUCAUAUGAUAUAUAGAACAAUAAAUCUAAUAAUAGAUGAAAAAAAGAAAUCUAUAUAUGAAAGGAACAAAACUAAAUAUUUACAUAAUAAUAUAAUAACAAAUAAUUAUGGGUUCAUUUUCUUCCCUCCGAAUAUAAAUAAUAAAACUAUUUAUUUUUUAUAUAUAAAAAUAUUUGUAAAAUGUGCAGGAUAUUAUUUAAAAUAUACUAAUAAUAAAAAGAAUAAUAUGUUAACAUUAAAUGAUCACCUUUUUUUGAUAGGUCUAUACUUCAAUAUAUAUUUAAUAUAUAAUAGAAAGGAAUAUACAUUUUUAAAUUUUUUCAAGUUAAAAGAUUUAAAAGAAAUUUAUAAAUUAUUUCAAAAAAUAGAUAAAACAAUAUUAUUAAUAACAACAGGAGAAAACAAAAAAAUUAAAAAUUAUAAUUUAAAAGGGAAAAAUCAUAAAAAUUGUGCAAGUAAUAAAUGCAACGAAAAUAUUAUAUAUGAUGAAAAUAUUAUAUAUGAUAAAAAUAUUAUAUAUGAUAAAAAUAUUAUAUAUGAUAAAAACAUUAUAUAUGAUGAAAAUGUGAAAAAUAUUUAUAACAUUAAAAUGAAGAAGCAAAAAGGUUUCAUAAAUUUUCCAAAUAAUACAAAAAAAAAGAAAAAAAAAAUGAACAUAUAUUCUUUUUAUCUUGAAGGGUUACAUAUGAGUAAUAUAUUAAAUUAUAUUGAAAUAUGUUUUAAUCAAAAUAAAUAUAUUCAAUUAAAUAUUUUUAAUUCUUACAAUAUAUAUAAUAGCUGUUCAUAUAUAUAUGUGAAUUAUGACAACUUACCUCUUCUUCCUCAUCUUCUUCCAAGUCUGAUAAUUAAGAUAUGA